AUGGCAGAGCCCGAGGACUUUGCGGGGCAGGAGCUACACCCAGUUGACAGCGAUGGGAUUAAAGAACCAACGAAAAAGAGGAGGCGAUCAGACCGAGACCAGCGGUUCCGGGCAUUUCCUUCUGCCGAGCAAAGCGCCCUGAAGGAGUAUGAAAAGCUGGAGUCCCGGACCAGGAGGGUUUUGAGCAGCACUUACCAGAAACUCCUCCAGUCCGUCUUCCUGGACGACAGCAUCCCGAACGGUGUCAAGUACCUCAUAAACAGGCUCCUCGCCUUGACUGAAAAGCCGUCGCUGGACCCAAUCUACAUCGGCCUGUUUGGGAGCAGCGGGGCUGGGAAGAGCUCCCUGAUCAACGCCAUCAUCCAGCAAGAAAUGUUCCUGCCGGUGUCCGGAGAGAGCGUCUGCACCUCGUGCAUCGUGCAAGUGAGCUCGGGCUGCUGUGAGCAGUACGAGGCCAAAAUCCACCUUCUCUCCGAGCAGGAGUGGAAGGAGGAGCUGAGGAACCUGACUCAAUUCCUGCACGGGCCGGAGGAGCUGGGCGGAGAGGAGGCGGCGUGGGGCAGGGACGAGGCGGCGGAGGACGCGCUCUGGAAGCUGCGGGUGCUGUAUGGGCCCGGGGCAGAGAGGAGGAGCUACGAGGAGCUGCUGCGGGCGAAGCCCAAAGGGAGGAUCCCCGCCAGCAGGGUCAUCACCCUCAAGGCCGAUGAGGCAGGAGAGCUGUCACUCAAGCUGGACCCCUACAUCCAGACUCAGAGGAGAGGCUGGGAGGGGAGAGCCACCGAGACACAGAUCUGGCCCUUGAUCAAAUACGUGGAAGUGACGCUUCCCAAGUCAGAGCUGAUCCCAGAAGGGGUUGUGCUGGUGGACAUCCCGGGCACAGGCGACUUCAACAGCAAGAGGGAUGAGAUGUGGAAAAAGACCAUUGACAAAUGCUCAGUGAUCUGGGUGGUCAGCGACAUAGAGAGAGUUUCCGGGGGAAGAGCCCACGAAGGCCUUCUUCAUGAGAGCAUCAAGGCCUGCCAACGGGGUUUCUGCAGCGACGUGGCCCUGGUGGUCACCAAGACCGACAAACUGCACCUGCCAGAAUAUCUAAGGGAAAGAAAAGUGGGACAUCAAGCCGUUCAAAGAAAGCGAGAGGCUGUAUUAGAAAGAAAUGAAAUGAUAAAACUACAGAAGAGUAAAAUUCUCAAGGAAAAACUAAAGACAAAACUGCCCACCGAUGCCAAAGUCCUGGACGCCUCCCCGCUGGUGUACACGGUCAGCGCCCAGGAGUACUGGCAGCAGGCUCUCCUCAGCGAGGAGGAAACAGAAAUCCCCAAGUUAAGAGAAUCCAUCAGGAAAAGGCUCUUGGACAAGAAGAGGAGGAGGGUGACCACAUAUGUGACUGAAGCCUUUGGCUUGUUGCUCCUCACAGACAGCCUCAGCUCCACGGACACCCCGCCGAAUGAACACUUGCACCUGAGUAGCCUGCGGAGAUUCGUGGAAGAGGAAAUCCAGCAGCUGGAGAAGGCCGUGGACCAGUGCUUCUCCCGCCUCCAGCAGCCCCUGCAGGAGGGGGUCAGGCUGGCCAGGGCCUCCUACCGACGGAUCCUCGGGGCCUGCCUGGUGCGGAGCAGAGGCAACCAGGGCUUCCACCAGACCCUGAAAGCCGUUUGCCUGAAGAAUGGCGUCUACGCCUCCCGGACUCUGGCGAGGAUCGAUCUGAACGAAGCCAUCACUCAGCCCAUCUAUGACCAAAUUGACCCUCUUUUUGGAGGCAUUUUCAGUGCUGGGAAGACCACUGGCUUGGCCCUGAUGCCUCACAUAGAUGCUUUCAAGCACUCUCUGCAGGAGAAGAUGACGGAAAUUGGGAUAAGAAAUGGCUGGAAAUAUGAUCACUGCAAAAGAAGUUUCCUGAUCCAGGAGAUAAGCGCCAUCCUGGGCGGCCUGGAGGGACACAUCCUCAGGAGGAAGAGGAGGGUCUACGAGUCUCUCGCCACCUCCGUCCAGAACGACCUGAAGCCCUGUUACGAAGAGGCAGCUCAGAUCACUGGCAAAAAAGCCUGUGAGCGGAUGAAGGCCGUCCUCAGACGUGGGGUGGACCGGCAGGUGGCCGAGGGCAUGUUCGAGAGGGCCCAGGAGAGGAUGCAGCACCAGUUCCUGCAGCUCAAGAAUGGGAUCACGGAGCGGGUGAAGGGCAGCGUCGCUACCAUGCUGACCCUCGCUGCGUCCCAGGGGGAUGGUCUCUACAAGGAGCUGGCAGACGUCAAAAGCGAAUACAAGGAGAUGGACAAGCUCCACCGGAGCCUGAGGGAGGUCGCAGAGAACGCCGCACUGCGGAGAGGCAUGCAAGACUUCCUUAUGAGAAUGUCCCCCAGCAAGCCUUCCCCCCACAAACAGCAACUUAAUUCUUGGAGCUUAACCUCGAGCGGAUGAAAAACAAGC